UGGGGACAGUUUGUAUGCAUCAUGGAGCACAUGUCGUCUCCGGUCAGGUUCCGCAGCACUAAGAGAGUUGGCCAGUCUUUCCAUUGAGGACCAGGAGGACACUCAGUUUCCGUUCGCCAUGAGGGAUCUGCCUCCCAUCUCUCAGCCUGGUGAACAGCACCAUGCACCAGUCCACCAUGAGGCAGAGGAAACUGGGAUGACAACCAACGGGAGACUCCCCAGCCUCUCUGGGACUCCCCCUCUGCCCCAUCCCAUCCCCUGCCACGCUGCUGGCUCUCCGACAGUCCCUCAUAGACCAAGUCGUGUGGGAGCAGACACAGAGUUUCAGUCCCAUCCACUGAGGCGGCAGCUCGCCUCUCAGGUGUCUGUGGAUUGUCCACUCAGCCCAGCCUCGCGUCCACACAGCCCUUGGGGACGCUUUGACCCCUAUGUCUCUCCAGAGGAUCAGGACAAGGAGUAUGUGGGCUUUGCCACAUUGCCCAACCAGGUUCACAGAAAGACGGUGAAGAAAGGUUUCACAUUCACGCUCAUGGUGGCAGGGGAGUCUGGCCUCGGUAAAUCUACAUUAAUCAACAGUUUGUUCCUCACGGACAUCUACAAAGACAGGAAGGUUCCUAACGCACAAGAAAGGAUCGAUCAAACAGUGGACAUCGUCAAACACACAAUUAGCAUUGAAGAGAAAGGAGUCAAAUUGAGGCUCACCAUCAUUGACACACCAGGGUUCGGAGACGCCGUCAACAACACAGAAAGCUGGAAGCCAAUAGAAGACUACAUCGACCAGCAGUUUGAACAGUACUUCAGAGACGAGAGCGGGUUGAACAGAAGGAACAUCCAGGACAACAGAGUCCACUGCUGCCUCUACUUCAUCUCUCCGUUUGGCCACGGUCUUCGGCCUGUGGAUGUGGCGUGUAUGAAGACCUUGCAUGAAAAGGUCAACAUAGUUCCUGUUGUGGCCAAAGCUGACAGCCUGACGCAAGCAGAGGUCUACAAGAAGAAGAUUAAGAUCAGAGAGGAAAUCAAGCAGUUUGGGAUCAACAUCUACCAGUUUCCCGAGUGUGAUUCAGAUGAGGACGAAGACUUUAAAAACCACGACCAGAUACUCAAGGACAGCAUCCCGUUUGCAGUAAUUGGGAGUAACAUUCAGGUGGAGAGUGAAGGUCGCAAGUUCAGGGGUCGUGUCUAUCCCUGGGGUUUGGUAGAAGUGGAGAACCCUGCUCACUCUGACUUCCUGCUGCUGAGGAACAUGCUGGUGAGGACGCACAUGCAGGACCUGAAGGACGUGACGGCAGAGAUUCACUACGAAAACUUCAGAGCCCAGUGCAUACAGAACAUGACCCGCAUGGUGGUGCAGGAGAGGAAGCGCAGUUUGCGUGAGAAGCAUCAAGAGCGGAGCGAGGCUGAUUUUCCUCUUCCACUGGCUGCCUCUGACACCGAAACAGAACAACUCAUCUUUGAGAAAGACGAAGAGCUGAGGAGGAUGCAGGAGGUGCUGGACAGGGUCCAGGAGCACAUGCAACACGGCCAAAGAGGUGGCUUCUGAUUCUCCAAAUAUUCCCCGAAAAAGGAGACAAACAAGGAGCGCCCGGGAACAUAGAGGAGGCGCCGUUUAUGAUGCACAACAAGCAAAGCAGAUUGAACUUGUAUUAAAAGGAAAGUAGCAACAUUGAGGUCCUUGUCUGAUCACUGUUCCCAACGACAACCUACAGUGAUCAAAGCUGGAAUCACGGUUCUUCGAGGAUACAAGGAUGACAUUAGCGCAGUCUUUCGGUGCGAUUCAAUACACAACACAGCAUCCUUGAAAUUCGGUCAUUUAAGAUUCUUCUUGAUUUUGAGAUACACCAAGGUAGUCUGAAAAAAUAAUAUUUGUUCCCUUUGUGGUAGUGCUUCUAAUGGCAUUUGCUAGAAUUGACUGCGGCUAAAUGAAAACAACCGACCAGAGCCGAGAAGUCUUUAAAGCAGCUGUCAAUCAUCUCUGUCACAUAUUUUAGUGCACUGUUUAGCAGU